CAAAAUUGAAGUCUACAAGUACAAAAUUGAAGUCUACAAGUACAAAAUGGAAGCCUACAAGUACAAAAUUGAAUUGCAAAUGAGCGACACGAGCGGACAACCGGGCAAGAGUCCGGCACCCGAGGCUAAGCCAGAAGGCAGGGAGUUUCUGGAUGACGGGUCCAAGGAGGAUCUACUGGCGGACACGCAGGUGAUACGCCGGAGUCUGGAGAGCCAACUCGAUAAACUGCGCGAGGAGAAGAGGUGGGCGGAGCAGUGCAAUACCCAGCUUGAGAUCGACCUCGAUAAAAUCAAAAAGCGAUACAACGCCCUGGAGUCGGACUUUGAGGCCAUGGUGUUGGAGAAGGAGCUCAAGAUACAUUCGCUCGAACUGGCCCAGAUUCGAUGCCAGCAGCUGGAGCCAGAGAACGUGAGCCAGCAGCAGUACAUCACGCAGCUGGAGGCCAGGCAGUCGACCUUGGAGAACACCAAUGCCCAGCUGAAUAGGCACUUGAAUGACAUCGUGGCUGAGAUGAGUUCGUUCAAAGAUAUUUUACUCAAGAAUAAUAAGUCUCGCGUGGGUUUUUUUUGUCGAGAUAAUACUGUCACGCUGAAAAAGCAACUGGAAGGGCGGGACAAGGAGAUGCACCUGCUGAUUGAGCAGGAGCACGAGACACUAAAUACCGUGGCCACAUUGUAUGAGGAGAAAACACGACUGCAGCUGCGCAUUGUGAAAAUGGAAAAGGAAUUGGGCGCAGUGAAACAAAAUUUGGCCAAAACCUAUUCGCAGCUACAGCAGAAAAUUAAUCCGUUGAUAGCUGAACGGGAUGCGCUGCGCAAUCGCCGCCAGAAGGCCGACAGCCAGCUGAAGAGCAUUCAACUGGACAUGCUGCAAUUGAGCGAGGAAAACAAGCAUCUCAAACAGGAAUGUGAUCGGCUGAAGGAGGCCAAGGCCUCUUGGUGGCUGCCCAUACGGAGGUGGAUCGACUGACCCAGCUGCACUCAGAGACCUCACACGAGAAGGAUGUGCUCAGCUACGAGCUGCAGGAGCAGCGCGAACAAAUCGCCAAGCUCGAGCAAAGUCUACAGA